UGGGCGUAGUGUCAAUAGACAGAAAAAGAAAAAAGCAAACCGAUGUCAUCCUAUAACUUACAUGUAUAAUUAAUUAGUGAGUGUUAUACUUGAGUGGAUUGCAACGUAUUUCAUUUAAUACAAAACAAGUUUCGAGCGAACGACAUAUAUUUCGUAUUCGUAAAGAAUGGUUCUUACUAAUAUUCUUCUAUUAAGUCAGAUCGCAGGCUAUGUAGUAGCUUUGAUUCUCUCAUUAUGCAUUACUGUACCGAUGAGCUUACAUCAAGAUGAAUUUAAGGGGCAUUGCUUGUUGUUUUCAACUGGAGUUUGGCAAGAGGAAGAUGGGCAGUUUAAAGUUGAUUGGGCAUCUCAGGCAUACUGCAAUUACACAAUAUUUGUUGGUGUGAUUUUAUUUGUUACAUCAGCAGUCCAGAUUUACAGAAUGUCAAUGUACUUGUACAAGGGCACAGACAGUUCAUUUUUAUCAGCAUUUGUAGACGUCCUUGGUAGUCUUUUCCUAUGUGCUAUGACAAUAGUUGCAGCCUUGAUGAUUACACUUGGUUUUCUUGUGUGGUGUGAUGAGAUGACCAAGAGAUUCCCUUCCUGUGACCUAGCUGCAGGCAACGCUAUUGAUCUUGCCGAUGGUAUCGACACAUCCGGAUUCCCUAUUGAAAUGGGGACAGCCCAGUUUGGAGCAUGGGCUUCAUGGGCUUGUUGGGUUGGCUUAACAGUGUUUGCAGUAUUGAAACUGUGUCGCUACCACCAGCUGGAGAACAUGAGAGUUAGCAUGUAUCGGGAACGACAGCGCCUCAUCAAUGGUAGCAACAGUUCUGCCAGACAUGAAAACAGAACUGGAGGGAGAGAUGAUAAAGAAGGCAUCUCACAAGCACAAGAGCACGCUGCUGAUAAGACCUUAGCUAGUCCCCCACCUGUGUGAGGUUAAGACGUAAUUAACAUUUCAAACGAAUAUGAAGAGACUGACUAUUAUGCUUAUCGAUUAUAGUAAAUGUUUCUACGCUUACAUUGAAAGUUUCUAAUUGCAUUUGCAUGCUAUCUGUACAAAAGUGGAGUGAAUUAGAUGCAAGACUUUAUUCUGUAUUUUAAUUUUAUACCCAAAGGAAAUUGCACUUUUAAUAGUCCAUACUCAGAAGUUCUAGUCUGUAAGUAAUUGAUUUGAUAUGACUAUGAUGUUAAUAUUCUUUAAUCUUCCCAAACUGAUAUAGUGGAAUAAUGAUAAUAUCAGCAGCUGUGGUGUGUUGAUAUAGAAAUGAAAAUAAAAUUAGUUGUUUAAAAUACUUUAUGCAGUCAGAUUUUGUGAAGAACAUUUUGUUUACUUGUACAUGAUGGCAGAAGAAAGAGUAAGCUUUUCCUUCAUAAAUAAUUAAAGUUAUUCCUUAAAGUAAUGAACUGAGAUACACAUAAAUUAUAACUGAGACUACUUGUAAAAUCCAUGUACAAUGUUGAGUUUAAAAUAAAAGCAACUUUUGAUACAAAAAUAACUGAA